AGAAAACAACAUUCCACGUAACCUCCCCAUUACAUACAUUAAUAUUGUACAUAAAAUGUUUAAAUGAGAGGUAAUUUAAUGAGUCGCGACAUUUAUAAAUUCCUCCUCCUUGUUUUAUAAAUCUCAGAAAAAAGCAUUACAGUUCUGUGUUGUGAAUUUUAAGAUUAUGCUGCAGUUAUUUUUGUUACAAAAUAUUUAGAGAAAACUAGUCAUGGCUGCUGAAAUUAAACCCAUUGCUGGCACCAGCACACAGUUUGUGAAUGCAAGGAAACCACAACUUAUCAGUAAAUUGGAAGGACAUCAGGAUGUCAUCAACAUGGCUGUCAUUGUUCCUAGUGCUGAAGGUGUCAUCAGUGUCAGUGAUGACAGGACUGUUAGAGUGUGGUUAAAGCGAGACACUGGUCAGUAUUGGCCUAGCAUUUGCCAUUAUAUGCCAUCACCAGCUUCCUGCGUUGUAUAUAGUGAAGAAACAAAGCGUUUAUUUGUUGGUAUGGAUAAUGGUACCAUAUCGGAAUUUCUAUUGUCUGAAGAUUAUAAUAGAAUGAAUCAUCAAAGAAAUUAUUUAGCUCAUCAAGCUCGUGUAGAUAUUGUAUUUUCAGUGUGGUCUGAAUGGGUUUUAAGUGUUGGUCGUGAUAAAUAUUUUCAGUGGCAUUGUUCAGAAACUGGACAGCGAUUUGGAGGAUUUCAGUGCAACGCUUGGUGUACAGCUCUGCAAUUCGAUGCACAGUCAAAACAUGUCUUUAUUGGAGAUUAUUCUGGUCAAGUGACUAUGCUAAAAAUAGAAGAUUCUGGUUAUAAACCUAUAACUACAUUAAAGGGACAUUCAGGUAGUAUACGUUGCCUGUCAUGGGACCCAGAAAGGAAGCUUCUAUUUUCAGGAAGUUUUGAUCAGUCAAUCAUUGUGUGGGAUAUUGGAGGACAGCAGGGUACAGCUUACGAAUUACAAGGGCAUCACAAUAAAGUAACAGCACUUUGCUUUGCCAAUGCAUCAAAACAACUAAUUUCUGGAUCUGAAGACAGUACCAUAGUAUUUUGGAAUAUGCAAGUGAAAAGGUUAGAGACUCCUGAAUGGGCUGAUAGUGAUUACUGCCAACGGUGUUCAAAGCCUUUCUUUUGGAAUAUUAAAGCAAUGGUUGAUCAAAAAGUCAUUGGAAUAAGACAGCAUCAUUGUAGAAAAUGUGGAAAAGCUGUAUGUGAUAAAUGUAGUAGCAACCAAAGUAAAAUACCAAUAAUGGGUUAUGAAUUUGAUGUUCGAGUAUGUGAUGAAUGCUACACAGUCAUAACAGAUGCUGAUCGAGUUUCUCUAGCUUCUUUUCAUGAUGCUCGCCACAGUAUUCUUCAUAUGCAUUUGGAUGAAACUCGCUCUCAUUUAUUAACGGUUGGAGCAGAUAAAGUAAUAAAGCUUUGGGAUGUGAGUAGCUUAUUACAACCAGCAUCCAACCAAGCAUGACUUCUUUUUUUAUAUUAACAAUUAUUUGAUGCCUUCUGUGGAGAUCUAUAGCAUCACACACAGUAGCACCUGUCCGUUAUUCCUCAGUUGGUAGAAGAGGCGGAACAUUGUGUCCUAACCCUGGCUUGUCAUUUGGCUGUGCAUUGGUGGAUAAUUGUUGUUUUGUAAGGUUUCCUUUUUUUUCAUGAAAAGAAUUUCAUUCCAAGUCUUUAUAUAUAUAUAUAUGUAUACAUAUGUGAACUUAUUUUUUAUCCUUCAAGAUCUUAGCUGCAAUUUCAAGUGAUGAAAAAUAAUCAGGAAAAAGAUUGUUGUUAAAUUUUUUUUGGCCAUCUUUCCAGUUUUAAACACCAAUGGCAAAGUGUAUCCUAACAAAGAGGUCCAAAUUUUGUGAAUUGUGAUGCUGAGGGAAAUUAUGUUUUAGCUCUUGAAUCAAAUGUUAUUUUUAUUAAAUAAUAAUUUCUAAUAAUGAAAAUUUAGCUUUUUUUACCACAUUAAAAAUUUUAUAAAGGAAUUAUUCCCCUAUAAAAAAGGCUCAAAAUGAAUAAUGCAGUUUAGCUUUUUUAUAAGUAAAUAUUAUUUUGCAGUAUGCUUGAUGCUGAUUUAAAUAUUUAAAUUUUGUCGUGUGAUAUUUAUGUUACUACUGUGGUGUGACUUUGUGAUUACUUGAACUCCAUGAACAUAUCGAGCCUGCUUGAAAUUCAUCUCCAGACAGUAUGCUAUUUGCAUACAUUCAAUUGGAUAAUGUUUACUAUAAAGCUUUUCUAUUUAACAUUGUUAUACCUCAUAAUUAUGAAAGUGAACAAUAUUGGAUUUUUCAUACUGGUGUAAAUAUAUAAUCAUGUCUGAAUUUUAAUUUCUGUUGUUAAUGUUACACAAAUUUUAUUUCAUGAAUUUAUUGUGGAAAUAUAUAAACAGUCUAAAACGUUUUAUGUGCUAUGAAGUAUAAUCAAAUGAAAAGACAGAAAAGAGUCAUGAUUUAUUUUUUAUUUCCCCAUAUUAUGUUAUAUACAGUCAGUUGGGAUUGUCCUUAUGGCUUUGUAUUUAACACACAACCAAGUGAUACUUUGUUGACAUCUAUGCUAAUUAAAACAUUCAGUAUUUGAUGUUUUGCUGAAACAUUGUCCUUAUGUAAAAAAAUAACAAAGUUGAAUAAAACUUUGCUAUCAGUUUAGCAAAGAGGCUUGAUUCUUCAAAUUGUGAGACCAAUAAACUGAUUUCAUUAGGUAUAAGAAGAAUGUUGUGAAUGCUGUUUGUAAUAAAUUUGUAUAUGUAGUGAAUGCUUUUAUGUUAUGUGUACAUAGGAGCUUUUAGUGUGCUUCGUGUACAGUAAGCAUAAUUCUGAAACCAAAAAAGUAGUACACAAAAUUUGUUUCCUUUAUAAUAAAUUUAACAAUCAUAAUCCUCUUUCUCAUUAGACCCUAAAAUAUGUAUUUUUUGUACAGUGCACUGUUAUAUGUUUUAUAAGAAUUAAAGCUCAGUUCUUCCAA